AUGGCGGAUCACGAAGAACAAGAAUUCACUACUUCAAAGCGAGCUCGUUGGUCAUCAGAGAGUUCUUGCGAUCAGAAUACUAGCUUUGUAGACACCAUAGAUCAAAGAGAAUCAAUUGAGGGUUCUCUUUUACGUCUAAUUGAGUCUGAACAAAAUUAUUUGGUCGAAAGUCAACCGUCGGAAAUAGAACAACAUGGCGUCCAUGUUUCAUCGGAUAGACUCGAAAGCGACGAUUUCCCGACCUGUUUUAGCGUCGAAGACGACUUAGAUGAUAUAGAUGAACACCAUUUUCAACCAGUAGCAGGUAAUAAGAAUUUUUAUGCCCUGAAAUCACUAUGAAUGUUGUCAUUUACUACUAUCGCGUGUCCGCCAUUUUGUUUUAAAUUGUUUCAAGGUGAACAAUAACAAUUUUAUUGCUGAACUUUAUCCUUUCCAGCAUAAUUCCCAUCAAAUACCAUAUUUUCUUUCAAAGAAAAGGUGUUGUGCAACGAUAUCUAAACAUUAAAUAACCAGUCCAGCUACAACAUGAAGUACACACCCAACCACUCUAGUCUGCUACACAGCCAUUUUUAGUGUCGUCACGUAACUUGCCUCCCACAAACGGCUGCUGAGAAUCGAACCACAUUCCUUUCACUUUGUAUUUGUGGUCUAAAGAACGAACCAAUCUUGGAUAAGAACCUAACAAUACGUGAACUGCAGGGCACUAGGAAGGGAAAAUGCUUCUCAAUUUUCGACAAAUCAAUCAAUCAUCGCUAAAUUUGGAUGCGCUCUGUGUCUGCAAGCAACGAAAAGGUUAAUUUGCAGAAAAGUUUGUUUUAAGCGGUUAACAAAGGUCCAAGUGAAAAAAAAGUUUGAUAGACCAACAGGACUCUUACCAGGAUCUCAUAAAUUUUGACUAGGACUUGACUAUGACAACACUACUCUAGUUAGUUACUUGUUUUCACGUGAUGAUUUUGAUUGUUCUGUCAUUCACACAUGGGGCACCAAUAGAGGCAAAGCUGCCCUGCAAACGUGGUGCAAACACCUUCCAAAAAAAGGAAGCUGGAUUCUAAUUGGUUAACUGCAGGAAGAAAUGUGGUUCAAUUCUCAGAAGCUGUUUGUGGGGAGGAGCAUUGCAUGACAACACUAAAAGUGGCUGUGUAGCAGACUACAACCACUCCUCCCCCUCCAUAAUAUUCUUCAUACAAGGCCCCAUAUGCUCCACUGCAGAAUUCAUGCACGAAAAAAAAACAGCAACCUUUUUGGAGACUGUUAUUUCACACUCAUAAAAAGAUCUCAAAUAAAUAUUUGCAAAUGUUUUACAUUGGUAAAAUUCAUUCAUAAAUUGUUUGUGUUUCCCUUUUACAAGAACACUUGUCUUGCAACUUACCUUUGGCAAAUUUGUUUACUUCAAGGUCCCAUGGGCUGGAUCCAGCGUCAGAUGACUCUUGGUAUUAAUCCUGAAGAUAUUUUGGCUUAUAUGCUACCCCAUACCCAGCUGGUAAGACAGGAUUAGUAGAUUACUAGUGUUGUAUAUAUGUAAUAUGAAGUUUGACCCAUUUGCUCCUGAACUGCCUGUAAUUGCCUGUGCGGAUCCACGUCCCUUCUUUUGUUGUGACAUCAUCAGUUUUAAUGGUUAAGGACAACUAUGUCCACUAACUUGUGCAGAGUGAAGAGAUCUUUCAAACCAUACCAGAAUGAACACAAUUCAGUCAAGGAUAGUGGAGAAAAAGGCAAAAAAUCUUGUAACAUUGACCUGAUAACUUUCAUGAAAAUCUUUGUCCACUAGCCAUCUACCUUUCUUUUCAUCUAAUCCGAUCCUAAAAGCUUUCCCAAAAAAUUUUCCCAUCAAAAUGAAGUCUACUAAAUGCCCAGUAAAAGAGAAAAAAUGAGGCAAGAAAAAAUGAAAAAAGAGGGGAGGAGAGAAAGCGAAAAAUAAAAGUCAAGACUGCUGUGUCGCUUUCAAACCCCAAAACUAUGUCAUAAUUUUGCUUUCUGCGCAUGCCCGAACUUCCCAAGUUAAUAUUAAUUUGCAUCUGGAUUAGAAGGCCAUGUUGUGUAUGACCUGUAAAUUGCUUUCUGGUGAGUUUGAGCUCUUUAUAGGAAGGCAGUAACCAGAAAACAACACAAAUAUCUUCAAAACGCAUUAAAUUUCCAGGGGCAAAUGGGUUAGAUACAUAUAAUUAUACCUGUAUAAGCAUUUUGUGUUUUGAUAGUAGUUUUUAUAAAAUAUUGAAAAUAAUGAUUUUAAUUUUUCAAAUUCAAUAAUAUUGAACCUGCUUUAUCAUUGGCACUGUUAUGGUUUUCUCCCAACUCAAGCAUGUAUUCCAGUUAACUGGACAAGAAUUUAUCAUGUUCCUUGGAACAUAACUCCUUGACUUUUAAGGGUGAACAAACUUACUUCCACUCAAUCAGCUUAGACGUCUUGCACCAAUGAAAAUCCUUGUAUCAACAAAUUAUACUGUUUUUACAGUCAUGACAAAAAGAAUUAUUUUAUGAUUUGUUUUAAUUCUCCGAGGUGAGCAUCAGUGAGUACGAGUAAACAAAAUGGACUGUUUCCCUUCUGUCAGUAUCCUGACAACAUUUUGUAUUUUAUUGUGUAUUAAAAAGUUAAGUAAAUAAAAUUAACCUUUUACAUUAAGCAACCCAAAAUUUCAAGCCUAGUUAAGUUUACAUGUUGUUGGCCAAAUUAUUUGGUUUUUACUCAUUUGCAUAGUAUUUUACAAGUGGAUGCAGUAGAAAAAUGUAAACUUGGUGGAAACAAGUAUGUCAUUCAUAUUUAUUUAAUUUGUUACCCAAGUUUUAAUUGCUUUGCAGCCUCCUGCCUUGGACAAGGGAACCUUGUGGAAAGUCAUCAUUGAUAUCCUUACAGAGCCCACCCCAAGACAAAAACUGGACCACAUCAACUUCCUGGAUGAUGUUGUGGAGCUUCUUCGAGGAUCAAAGAACGUUAUUGUUCUCACAGGGGCCGGGGUAUGUUAUCUGUGAUUUGUCUUCAUUAACAAACCUUGUUGGAAUGAAUGUGCGUAAAGUGCACAUGAUAAAUAAUAUAACUUUAUGUUUUUCUAGUAGAUCAAUAUAAUACAGUGAAACCUCUAUUAAGCGGACCCCCAAUUAAGCGGACACCCUCUAUUAAGCGGACACUAAGCCGGGUUCCGAAGUUAACGUCUUAUAUUUCCCUUUACAACGAACCUCUAUUCAGUAGACACCUCUAUUAAGUGGAGGUGGACACUAAAAUAAGUUGUAUUUGCCUAAUUUCUAUUGUUAAAAACCUCUAUUAAGUGGACACCAGACUGAAUUGACAAAAGUAGUAUUGGAUUACGUCCUUGAAAUAUGGACUGAAGUCAGUUAAUGUUUUUGCAUUUACAAACAAAUUGAAGUCGGUAAUGAAAGGUUAUGAACUUGAACUCUGGAUAGCUCAUCUUUAACAACAUGCAACUUUAUCACAGCACAGGCUGAGUAACCCUUGAAUGUUGAUCGUUAACAAACAUUGUGCAAUUUUUACAACCUCUAUUAAGGGGACACCCUCUAUUAAGCAGACACUUGGGAAGGUGCUGAAGGUGUCCGCUUAAUAGAGGUUUCACUGUUAAUUCCUAUUUUAUGGACAUGACGUUAUUUAAAGCAGGAUGUCUGCUCUUUAUGCCAUCAUUUAUAGUAAUUUGUUUACCCACAAAGCACUUAGGAGUUCUUGAGAACUUUUUUGAAUGUGUCCAUGUGUUCCAGAUCGAAUUGGAAUUUGAAAAAAACCCUCGAGCAAGGGAGAGAACCAACAACAAAUUUAAACUCAACCCAUAAAUGCCGUCCACACCAGGAUUUGAACUGGUCAAGAUGUUGGGAGGCGAGUGCUCUCACCAUGGCGCCACCCUUGCUCCUCAAAAAAAAUUACAAAUAAAAACUAAUACCACUAAUUUCUGGGUUCCUAUUUUAGGUAUCUGUGUCUUGUGGCAUCCCAGAUUUUAGAUCUCGAGAUGGAAUUUAUGCUAAGCUAAGUGUUGAGUACCCAGAUCUUCCAGACCCUCAAGCUAUGUUUGACAUUGAGUACUUCUAUCAGAAUCCAAGACCAUUCUUUAAGUUUGCUAAGGUAAAUAAAUUCUUUGAUCUUAGUGAAAAAUACAUGUACAUGUUGUAGAUAUAAUAAUGCCAACUGAAGUAUCCUGGAUACCACUCACAUCUCCUGGUUUCCUGUAUGAGUCACCAUACAGUGUACACCACCAGGAGUGUACUUUGGACUACAGCCCAUUUUCCUGAAAAUUUUAAACUUUUUUGAUGAUAGUAUGCUCUCUGUGGCAACAUUUGCACACAUUACAUCACUGACAAGUUCAUUUUUUGUAAGGUGGGGGGGGGGGGGAAGGGGGGGGGGGGGGGGGGUGGAUUUUGGGGGUUAUAAAAAAAGGGCCACCAAAGGUUGUUAUUUUUUAUUUUUCCAUGGUUUGGAUUUUGGGUGAUUUUUAUUUUUUUAAAAUUUUUUAAAUUUGGGUCUGAAUGUUUUUUCGGGAGUUGUUUUUUUUAUAUUGUAAAUCUUUACUGUACUAAUCUAGUGAGUAUGUUUUUCUUGUGCUUGUUUUUGUUGGUUUUGUUUGUUGGGUCUGGUGCGUGAGGGCUGUGUUGUCUCUCAUAGUGUUGUUUGUGGGUUGUGGGGGGGGGGGGGGAGGGGGGGGUGGGGGGGGGGGGGGGGGGGGGGCUUGAUGUUUGGGGCUACUAAAAAAGAGACUACCAGAGAUUGUAUAUUUUAGAUUUCCAUGCAUUGGCAUCUUGGUGAAUUUUAAUAUUGUUAAAUUUCUUAGAGUUUGGCCUGUAAUGUUUAUCAGGACUGUUGUUUUUAUAAUAGGAAAUCUAUCCUGGACAGUUUGCUCCCUCACUGGGUCACCGAUUCAUAAAGCAACUGGAAUCAAAUGGUCAGCUUUUAAAGAACUACUCACAGAACAUUGACACACUGGAACAAAUAGCAGGCAUAACAAGAGUAAUCCAAUGUCAUGGUUAGUUUUAGAUAUAAAAUAUAGAAGUAAAGAUGUAUUACAAACAAUGUCAGUGUAUCACUGAAAUACAUGUACAGUGGACCCUCCAUGUGGGACCACCUCUUGUAGGCUACUACCUCCCAUAAGUUACCACCAAUCCAAAACACCAACAUUUUCUCAGUCAAAGCCUUAACAGUUGAAACCUCUUGUAAACGACCACCUCCGGUAAGUGACUGCGACCACUUUUUGGGGCUGACGGUUAAUGAUUUUCUAUUGUUUUUAACCUCUUGUAAAUGACCACUUUAUGCAUUCUCUGAUCUCUAUUUUUGCUGUGUGCACUAUGUUACUUGGAAUAAUUAUAUAAAAUACUUUAGUGGCAACACGCAACUGCACAUAUCCUAACUUAGACAUUGCAUGCAAUAAAUUAUCUUCCAUAAAGUACAUGUGCCGGGACCUCUUCUCAGAAUAGACCCCCUGUGGUUCGAUUCUUGUAAAUGACCACCUCCUGUAAGCCACCACUCAGUCUUUGUAUUUUGGGUGGUUGCUUAAGGGAGGUUCAAGUCCUGUAAUUGUGAUCAGGCUCUCAAACUUUUGAGAACACUAGAAAAGUGUCUCUUCAAUGAUGUCUUUUCAAAACAGUUGUGUAUUAUUUUUCCUUCUUAGGGUCUUUUUCUGCAGCAUCAUGUACAAACUGUAAACACCAAGUGUCUUGUGAAGUCAUAAGGGAAGAAAUUUUCCAACAGGUUUGUACACUUUUAAGAGUUCACCAACUUAAGCACUGAGGAUGUUGAAAAAAAUAUAUAUAUAACCCUAAAAAGAUUGUCUGCUAUAGCAAUCUCUCUGGUGCACUCUGGCAGUGGGGCAAAAAUGAAAGAGACAGGGCUUCUGAUAUUUCGCGCGGUCGCAGACCCGCGAAAUUCAGGUUUUUCCGCGAAAUCCCGCGAAAUUUCCAAAAAAACAUGUAAUACCGCAAAAUCCGCCAGAAAUAUUUCCAAAUGCAUGUCGGCAAAACAUAUUUAAUACUUAUCUUGGCUUUUAGACCUGUUUUAUUCACCUCAAACGUCCAAAUUUAUCUUGAAACUUUGUCACUGCAAGGAGUAAACAACGUCCCAAAACUACCAGGCGUUCUUAGGUUAAUGUUGCGAAAAACUGGGCACCAACCAUAAUGUUAAUAGCUUUAGAUUCGCUCAUUUCUCGAGUGAAUUCACCGGAAAAAAUAAUGGAUUCCCAUUUUUGGACAUUUUAGGGUAUUUAAAGUCAGGGAAUUCCCAACCAAGUUCCCUGAUUGGGACUUGUCUCACUCUUCCAAAUUUGGGAUUUUUGUGGGUAUUCUUUAAAUACCCUCAAAUAUCCAAAAAUGGGAAUCCGUUAUUUUUUCCUGUGGAACUGUUGUUGAAAGAGCAAAUGAUUAUCCCUGUUAAAAAAACAUUAAACAACGCUGGUCAUAUCGAUGCAAAAUUGAUCGAUUUUAGCGAAAUUUGCCAAAAAAAUCCCGCGAAAUCAGCUGUUGUUUACUGAUUGUUUCUUGGCGAAGUUUCCCCCAAAAAUUUCCUGUGAAAUCGGCCGAUUUUUCUAAGAACUUGGCCCUGAAAAUCCUUCAAAAUUUGACUUUUUUGCGCUAAAAUCCCGCGAAAUCGGCCGAUUUUUCUGCGAAUUUUGACUUUCUCCCGCAAAAAUCCCGCAAAAUCGGCCAAUUUUUCCGCGAAUUUGCCCCUGAAAAUCCCGUGAAAAUUUUCUUUUUUUUCCGCGAAAUAUCAGAAGCCCUGGGAGAGAGCUUGUAGUCACAUCACAGAAAUUUGAAUUCCGUCUCCAGUGGCUCCACUGUGGCUUCUCAUCAUCUGAGCUGUCAGAUUUUGGUCAAUCAGCUAGGCAUGGAAUUGAGUGUCAACUGUAAACAAACGAAUUUUGCACAAGCGAACAGGGUUCUGAAAGUAUGGGUGCUGAAAAAUUAGGGAUUACUAGAAAAUCAUGAGUUCUUGGUUCCCUAGUCAGGUUGUUGACGGUGCCAGAUCAAGAGAACAACACUGAAAAAGUGGCAAACCACCUCUAACACCUGCAUUAGACAAGAUAUUUUGCAAGCAUUGUGACCUAACUUGAACUGAAAUCAUUUUUCCUCUGUUUUGAAAUGAUAAAUUUGACCUAUUAUGGAGACUAAUUCUUCAUUUUAUUAUGUCAGUCUUCCAGUCUUAAACUUCUAGAGUUUGUUCAAUAUUUUCAGGUCAUUCCACUUUGCCCAAAAUGCCCACAGGAUGGGAGCUGUUUUGCCAUUAUGAAGCCUGGUAAAUCCUGAUAUUUUAUGUAUAAUUUUUGUUUGCAUAGAACAUUUGUUGACCUACCUUACUAUACAAUAUGAGUGCACAGUUUAGGGUGGUGGUGUUCAAGGGUGACAUUGCAGAGAUCAUUGAUAAAAAAUCCAAGUUACCUGUUCUUUCAAAAGUGAAGACUUAAAUCCAUGAGCUAUAUAAAUAUUGAUGAUAUCAAGAAAUUAUUUUACGCCAAAUUAUGAGAGGAAAAUUCAUAUUUCAUUCUUUCAAAAGUGAAGACUUAAAUAAGCUAUAUAAGCUAUAUAAAUGUUGAUGAUAUCAAGAACUUAUUUUACGCCAAAAUAAUUAUGAGAGGAAAAUUCAUAUUUCAUUCUUGCAAAAGUGAAGACUUAAAUCCAUGAGCUAUAUAAAUGUUGAUGAUAUCAAGAAAUUAUUUUACGCCAAAUUAUGAGAGUAAAAUUUAUAUUUCAUUCUUGCAAAAGUGAAGACUUAAAUCCAUGAGCUAUAUAAAUGUUGAUGAUAUCAAGAAAUUAUUUUAUGCCAAAUUAUGAGAGGAAAAUUCAUAUUUCUUAAAUUAUGACUUCUUUGAACAGUAGUGACUACAGAAUACAGGGCCAUGGGUCUUAAACAGCAGUGGCUUGAUGGCUUGCUAGUCAAGACAGUAUUUAAAGAACAAGAAAGAUCUAAGACUUAUAAGUAUAGCGCUGAAUUUAAAAAAAGACGUAAAAGUACAAAAUUUAAGAGCAAAGUAAAGGUAUAUAUUUUCGUGGGUCGGUGGCUCAAUUGCUUGUCAGUCGAGGCCAACAUCUUAAAGAACGAUAAGGUAUACAUUUUAGUGGCUCAGUGGCACACUGGCUCUUCAGUUGAGGUUAUAUAGUUUAGUGGCUUGACAGCUUGGUGACUCGUUUGUAGGGACUAUCGAGCUGCCGAGCCUCCGCGAUGAAUAUACCUAGAAAGUUUGCCUUGCGUUCUGUAGUUAAGCCUUUAAGGAGCAACUACAGAAUACAACAUAUCAAUUGUGUAGAUCUUUUAAGCACUAGUCAGCUUGUGAAAGAUUAGAUAAGGUAGGGAAGUUAUUUACUACAGUAAAAGGAAGUGAUCAGCAGGAUCCUCUCAGUAUUUUGUUUUAGACCACAUUUGUUUCAGUUUAUUCCUUACAGUUAAACUUCACAUACAUUACAAGCCAGUUUUAAGAUAAUUGGCUCCUGACACACCCAAAAAAGAGAACAUAAUAUUUAUUGUUAGUGGUAUGUUGUAAAUCACUAGUGCAGUGGACUACCCAUUAAAUAACUUCCUUAUGUGAGUACUUACUCUUCUAAAGUGUUUACAUGAAAUGAAUGUACAGCAUGUAAAAGAGCUAUAGUCAUAUUUGAAAAUUUGAUUUUUGUUUUAUGUAACCUGGUGAAUCUCUAUUAUGACAGAUAUUGUUUUCUUUGGUGAAAGUCUUCCUCCAGAGUUUUAUCAUAACCUAGAAGCAGAUUCUGACAAGGUACAUGAAUGAAAAUAAUGUUAUUACUUAAUGUGCAUAACGUACUGUGCUCAAAUGCUUUCUAAAAGUUUAGAAUUCUUUUUUCUUGAUAAAUGUACGUGAGAGAUGCUAGAGUAAACAAUGCAAAACACUCGGAAGAAAACCUGCACUCAUGGACAAGCUGCACCCAACAACGAAGAGUGAAAGAUUUUUAACAAAAAAAUCGAAAUUCGUACCUAAAAAUGUUGUGCUUCAUAAUGUUUUAUUUUCCUUUUGCCUUCUACUCAUAAUCAUUCAUUACCUGGUUAACUCUGACGUAGAGUUUACUGUAAAUAGAGCAGUUUAUGUUAAGUUGACCUUGGUAACUUCAUGUAUAGGCCAUGACAUUGCUCUUGUUGUUCUUUAAACAGACGGGUACUAAUUGGACUGAACUCGUGCUCCUGACUAGCCUUUGCAUAUUGGUGAAUUUAGUCUCCUUCAAAGCCUUGAGGAAAUUAGGGUGAAUUGGGAAAGGGGGAUUUUCUAUAAACAACAAAUAAUCACUUUAUUGCAUGUAACAGGCAUUGUACCUUAGAUAUAACCAAACACAUCACUUUCCUGUUUGUUUAGGCUGAUUUACUGAUAGUCAUUGGAUCUUCCUUGAAAGUCAGACCUGUUGCUUUGAUACCUAGUAUGUAUGCAAUAAUUAUUAAAAUGCCAUUUUUACCAUUCAACAAGUCAGUUAUAUUCUAGUAAAUUGUGAGUUAGUACACUGCUUACUUAAUGCCGUGUAUUUUUUACAUGUCACGUGGCAUUUUAUUAACCUUACGUUACUGGGGGCCUGUUUUUCAAAAGUCCUGGUAACUUUAUGGCCUAAUUAAACCAUAUUAAAAGAAGAAAAUCUCAAAAAUGGCAGACAUAGUACCCCCUGACAAGUCCAUUUUGUUUUGUUUACUUUAUUGAACGACUUUUAAAACCAGUGAAAUAGGGCUGUCGCUAUGAUUUCAAGUUGCACGGAAUACCUUAAAAUUCUGAAAAUAAGCCCCUCCAUUUACAAGCCCCUCAAAAUAUAAGCCCCCCAAGCUCGUAAUAAAAAACCUCCAUUAAAUCGCCCCCCCAAACAAAAGCCCCCCCCCCCCCCCCCCCCCCCCCCUUAUUGUCCAAUGACCCCCCAAAACAAUGCAAAAAAAAAAAAAAACAAAAAAAACAAUCCCAACCCCACAAUCAGAAAACCAACCGACAUUCUAGAAAACCACCCGCCCCACAACAGCAACACGACCCCACAAUACAGACAUAAAAAACAAAGAGAAAAGGGCUUCCCCAAUCUUAUCAAAUUCCCACAAAAACCCAAAAAUUCCAAAAAAAACCCCCCCCCUUUCCAACCCCCCAAAAAAAAAACCCCCCCCACCCCAAAAAAAAAACCCCCCCAAAAACCCCCCCCCCAAAACAAACCCCCCCCCCCCCCCCCGAGAGCUUUUACUUGGAAAUUGCCCUCAAAUACGAAGUAAAACAAAGCAAAAACGGUAAAUUUCCUUCCAACUUACUGUAAGGCUAGCCCAAUCGAUUUUGAAACGCAAACUUCCCUCCAUAGAUAAGCCCCUCAAAAAGGGCCUUUGAAAAAUAUAAGCCCAGGGGGCUUAUUUUCGGAAUUUUACGGUAUGCAAUGUUAUUAGGCGGGGCAUUGAACAGUAGGGAGUUCUUUGGGUCUCAUUUCCCUUUUGUUUUCAACGAAUUAAAAGUAGCUGGUGGACAUAUUGAAUGCAACACAGCAGACUAACCUUCAGCGCCUGGUAAUAGGCCAUUUCCGAGUUCCCCCGGGCCUCUGUUUCAAAACGAGGGUAGGUGCUCAGCCUUUGAUAUGGAAAUCAAUUUUCAUUCUCAUGCAAAUAAAACUGAUUUUCACAAGAAAGGUUGUGCACCUAGCCUCAUUUUGAAAGUGAGGGUUUUUGGAACUUGGAAGUGGCCUGUUACCUGAGCCUUCAAGAACUGGGCCCCAGUGCCCUCAUUAGUAACAACAUCACAUUGCCUACUGUUAAGACUACCCUGGCAUAUAUUAAAAGAAACCAUUUUUUGGUUCACCACAGGUCACCUACCUCCAGAAGUGCCUCAGAUUCUUAUCAACAGGGAACCUCUCAGGCAUAUGACAUUUGAUGUUGAGUUGCUAGGUGACUGUGACGUCAUCAUUACUGAGUUGUGCCAAAGGCUAGGUGGAGCAUGGAAUAAUCUACUAAAAGGAGUUACAAUUCCUGACGUGGAAAGAAGGCCUUUGUCGCGUAAUGAAGAAAACACGACGGGAGAGAUGCAUCAAGGGGUUAAUUUUGAAGAAAUACAACGCAGUGAACAGGUACAUGCUGAGUACGACCGAACUUACGUAGGCUUUUUGAAAGUUCCAGCAUCUUGAAUUUGAGAUCUGUAGUGUACAGCAAAUGCGUAAAAAUCUUGUAAUACUGACUGUGAGGUCAUAAUGCACCCUUUUCCUUUUAAGACGACUGCAAGUGGAACGAACAGCGAGAAGAGUCCAUCAAGCAACGUGAAGCAGAGGAGUGAAGAUGUCACACCAAACACGACGGACAAUCACGUGACUGUGGGUGAGAGCAGUGGGUAUGAAGAGACUAGGGACGACUCGUACCGGGACCAGCCGAGAGCCUCGGCCAGUGAUCACGGAAAUGAAUGUUCCUUCGACAACAGCACACCGCAUGAAGAAGGUAUGAUCGAGCUGUUGACAUGUUGGUAAAUUUGCAAAGUUAGUAGUGUCACAUCUGAUAAAAAAUUCUUUUGCAAUGAAGAGUAAUUUGAAUUACUGUGACUCGUGAUGAGAUAAAAUCUCCAAUUUUCACUCAACCUGUCAGAAGUAAAACAGAGAUAAUUAUUAUACGCGUGUAUGACUUUUUCUGCGUUUUUCUGGUUAGGUUCGUUUCAUUUUUAUUGUAGUCUUAAUUCUUGCCUUUCAGGGUCAGAAAUUAAAAUAAUUGUCAUCAUCGUCGAUAUAAAAUUCUUGCAGACUAUCUGCAUUAGAUCUGCCGCAAUGGAUCUUUUUCAAAAGAAGCUCAUAUACUCGUCAAUAAAGUGAAAUAAGAGAAGAGCAGUUUUCCAGAGUAACAUAUUGUGGUUAUAGACCUAAUUGGUAGAUGUUUUAAAACAGAAAAUUCUUUCGUUGUAAAAAAGGAAAAAAACUGUGGAAACAGACACCGAAUUCUUAACGAAGAACUUACUUUUUCUGUGGAUUCUAGAUUCACCUCGAUUUCUCUUCAUGCCUCCAAGCCGUUACAUUUUUUACGGAGCGGAAGUUAUGGAUUCUCCCCUCCCCUCCCCCUCACGACACAUACCAGGCUACCUGGAAAGCACCAGCGAAGAGAGCGAUAGUGACAGUGUGGGUGAGAUAGAAGACAGUGAAGCUUCCCGUGUCCAGCUUGAUGAUCUUACAGGAGAUCAGGCGGGGCGAGACUGUAGUAACCCAGAGGUGUGUAAAGCAUCGACCAAUCAAGUUGCAACAAAUGGUAGUGAAAAUGAAAGAAACAGCGAUGAUGGCUUUGGUGAAGGCGAGGCAGAUGUUGAAAAAGGACUGGAGCCCAUUAUCAAUAACGAGGAGACUCGGCAGGCGUUGUCUCUCAUUCUUGGCGGGCUGAGCAGUUAUACGUGUGAAAGUGAAGAAAAUAGUCGACUCUCGGGUUCUGAUGAUCCGCUGACUGUGGGCCCAAGUGUGGCCAGCGACCCUGUCUGUUUGUCAGGUGCUUCGGAUGUGCUAUUGGCAAAUCGUCCUUUCAGUGCAGUUACCAUGGAUACAUUGGUAACCACGUCAAGUCAUAUGCAGGAUAAGAAUUUAGAUCAGGCUGAAGAUGCAUGUCCACAGAAAGGUGAAGAAAAUGUGUCCUUCAACGUUAACCGCGACGUCUCUGACGAAGCCUGGACUGAAAUAAGUUCGGACUUUUUGCAAUCCUGA